GUCUAAUCCCGCGCCGCGCCGAAGUGUUUUCAAUGUGUUAUUUCCCAGUCUGCAUUGAUUGGGGCUAAGAACUGUUUUCCUAAUAGAGUCAUAACUGCUUCCGUCGUCCUAGACCGCACCCCGGGACUGCCUGAAACGCUGAGCGCCACGUGCCGCUGUGGCCCCAAAUACCUCCCUGCACCAGGAUAUUUCUGUCCUUCAGAUACUUCUCGGUUCUUUCAAAUUAUUCACCCUCAUACAUGGUUUUGCCCCCCCACCACCACGUGCCUACCUGUUCCAAAUGCCACUCUGCUCCCAAAAAGAUAGUUUUGUGCCCCCAAAGUCCAUUCUGUAGCCCCAUCUACUCUCUGCCUCCUAAAUAUGUAACCGCACCCACAUAACUUGUCGCAUUCCCCCUCCCUCGUUCUGAUGUCCUCUCCCACAUACCUCGGUGCCCCUUCCACAUACCUCAGGACCCUACACAUUACGUACCAAUUCCUCCAGACACCGUCCCCACGCGCCCCGGAGUCCCCCUCCUAAAGCUCCCAGUCCCCUCAUUAUACUGUGCAUUCCUCCCUCUGUCCAAGACACUGACUCCUCUCUCAGGCCCAGCCUCCCUAGGCUCUGCCCCCAUUAGGCAGCGCCGUCCAACCUGCUCUCCACCGGGUCGGGGCAGCCCCUCGGCCAGCGCGCGCCAGCCUCACAAGGCUCCCGGUAACCACUAGAUGGCAGGAGCUCCUGGCCAGCAGUGCGGGCUGGCCGCCGCUACAAAGUGGAGGGUGAAAAGGAAGGACCCUAGGGUUCCUUGGAGCCCAGGUUUCGUCCUUUAAAUGGAAAAAUUUCCUCCCACUCUCUUCUCAGGAGAAAGCCAAGGAAGGAACCCAGGCUGCUGGAAAGUGCAGCCCGGCGGGGCGGGGGACUGUGGGUUUCAGGGUAGAACUGCGUGUGGAACGGGACAGGGAGCGGUUAGAAGGGUGGGGCUAUUCCGGGAAGUGGUGGGGGGAGGGAGUCCAAAACUAGCACCUAGUCCACUCAUUACCAAGCCCUCGUUUUUUUCUCAGCCCCACAGACUGAGGCUUCAGUGGACACAGAAUGGUGGGGAAGUGGAGUAGGGGACCUAAGGGUGGGCUUCCUGCUCUUGCUGUCCAGGACCUAUACCUAGCCAGCUUUGUCUGUUCCCUUUUCUCACCUUAGCUGUGGCCUUAGAGCUAAAACUAGAGCCAGGAGGCCUCACUUCCCAGACUCCGACCCCCCUCUUCUCCCCCCACCUUCUGGAGCCAGGGAAUGGUUGGUGAGAGGGGAGGCCAGUUGGAGAACAAACAGGUUGUCAAGAGGGUUGAGUGAUUAGUGCCCAUGUACCCUACCCAGGAAUGGUUGGGAGGAGGAGGAAGAGGUAGGGAAGGGGGGACGGGGCGGGGUUUUGUCACCUGUCACCUGCUCCGGCUGUGCCUAGAGCGGGCGGGGGACCGGUAUAAAGCAGCAGGCGCCUGUACCCGCUCCACCUCACACGCAGCGCCUGCCUGAGUCUGCUCUGUCCCCUCCUCACCGAGUUCACCACCACCAUGACACCAGGCAUCCAGUCCUUUUUCUUCCUGCUGCUGCUGCUCCCAGUGUUUACAGUUUCUGCAGAUUUUGGCAACACAGCCUCCAGCCCAAGCAGAGAAACAGAGACUUUGUCUACCCAAAGCCAUCCACCAUCCAGCGUUACUGAGAGAACUGCUGUGAGCACAACCAGCAGUUUACACUCCAACCACAGUUCUGAUUCAGGUUCAACCAUUCCAGUCUCCGAUGUGACCACGGCCCUAACUACCACACCAGCCUCAGGCUCCACCACCACUCCAGUCUCCGGUGUCACCAUGGUCCUAGCAACCACACCAGGCUCCACCACCACUCCAGUCUCCGAUGUCACCACAGUCCCAGCGACCACACCAGCCUCAGGCUCCACCACCACUCCAGUCUCCGAUGUCACCACAGUCCCAGCGACCACACCAGCCUCAGGCUCCACCACCACUCCAGUCUCCGGUGUCACCACGGCCCCAGCCUCAGGCUCCACCACCACUCCAGUCUCCGAUGUCACCACGGCCCCAGCCUCAGGCUCCACCACCACUCCAGUCUCUGAUGUUACCACGGCCCCAGCAACCACACCAGCCUCAGGCUCCACCACCACACCAGCCUCAGGCUCCACCACCACUCUAGUCUCCGAUGUCACCUCGGCCCCAGCCACCACUCCAGCCUCAGGCUCCACCACCACUCCAGUCUCUGAUGUUACCACGGCCCCAGCCACCACUCCAGCCUCAGGCUCCACCACCACUCCAGUCUCUGAUGUCACCAUGGCCCCAGCAACCACACCAACCUCAGGCUCCACCACCACUCCAGUCUCAGGCUCCACCACCACUCCAGCUCCUGGUGUCAUCUCUGCUCUAGCCACCACACCGGCCUCAGGCUCCACCACCACUCCAGUCUCCGGUGUCACCACGGCCCCAGCCACCACACCGGCCUCAGGCUCCACCACCACUCCAGUCUCCGGUGUCACCACGGCCCCAGCCACACCAGCCUCAGGCUCCACCACCACUCCAGUCUCCGAUGUCACCACAGUCCCAGCACAGUCCAAAGUCACCACGGCCUCAGCCUCAGGCUCCACCACCACUCCAGUCUCCAAUGUCACCAUGGCCCCAGCAACCACACCAGCCUCAGGCUCCACCACCACUCCAGUCUCCAAAGUCACCACAACCCCAGCCACCACUCCAGCCUCAGGCUCCACCACCACUGCAGCCAACGAUGUCACCUUGGCCUCAACCAAGAGCUCUACAUCAGGCUCAGCUUCCACUCUGGUGCACAAUGGCACCUCUGCCAAGGCUACCACAACCCCAGUCAGCAAGAGUACUCCAUCUUUAAUUCCCAGCCACCACUCUCAUACUCCCACCACCCUUGCCAGCCACAGCACCAGAACUAUUGCCAUUAGCACUCACCAUAGCACAAUACCUUCUCCCACCUCCUCCAAUCAUACCACUUCCUCCCAGUUGUCUACUAGGGUCUCUUUCUUCUUCUUGUCUUUUCACAUUUUGAACCUUGAGUUUAAUUCUUCCCUGGAAGAUCGCAAUAACAACUACUUCCGAGAGCUUCAGAGAAACAUUACAGAAUUGUUCUUGCAGAUUUACAAACAACAGGAUUUUCUGGGCAUCUCUUAUAUCACGUUCAGGCCGGGAUCUGUGGUGGUAGAAUCAACUCUGGCCUUCCGAGGGGAUUCCAUCAGUGCCCAAGAUGUGAAAAUGCAGCUUGUUCAGCAUGAAAAGGAAGCAGCUGAAUAUAACCUGACUAUCUCAAGAGUCAGUGUGCAAAGUGUGCCGAAUCCUUCCUCUGCCCAGUCUGGGUCUGGGGUACCAGGCUGGGGCAUCGCCCUGCUGGUGCUGGUCUGUGUCCUGGUCGCAUUGGCCAUCAUCUAUCUCAUUGCCCUGGCUGUGUGUCAGUGCCGUCGAAAGAACUAUGGGCAGCUGGACAUCUUUCCAUCCCGGGAUGCCUACCAUCCUAUGAGCGAGUACCCCACCUACCAUACUCAUGGGCGCUAUGUGCCCCCUGGCAGUACCAGCCGUAGCCCCUAUGAGGAGGUUUCUUCGGGCAACGGUGGCAGCAGCCUCUCUUACACGAACCCAGCAGUGGCAGCCACUUCUGCCAACUUGUAGGGGCAUGUCACCAGCUGAGCUGAGCAGCCAGCUAGUGCCAGUCCACCCCCCUCCGGUUCUCCACCUCCAGAGCCCUGCCACUCUGUUCCGAGCUGGUGAGCUGGGUGGGCUGCUCACAGCCACCCUCAGAGGCCCCACCAAGUCCCCUAACCCCUCUGGGCCCGGGGAAGCCCAUCCUUGCCCCUGGGGGAUAUGCCUGGGGAGUGGCGCCGUGGUGGCUCCUGGACGAUGGGCCCACAAAGCCCAGAGAUGGGGGUGGGAACCUUGACACGUCUGAAUAAAACGUGGCCUCCCGCUGGGCCAACUUCUGAUCCUUGA